ACACACUUUGCCACACAAGUACUCAGGUUAAGACACAAAGGGAGAGUGAGAGUGAGUGCAGUUAUUAUACAUAUUCCUAGUAAGUGGGAGAGAUAUGGCGAAGUGGUGUAUGUUGUUGUUGGUUCUUGCUCUUGUUGUGGCUACAACAAGUGCAAGAAAUGUACCAACUGAUGCUGGUUUGAAGGACCAGAAGAACUUCAUGACAUUUGCUGGUGGUUAUUCUGGAAUAGGAAACAAUGGACUUCCUUUUGGUGGAAUUGGAGGUGGAAUCGGUGGUGAUUUAGGUGGUGGUGGUGGCCUAGGUGGACUUGGUGGUUUGGGAGGACUUGGCGGUGCUGGCGGUGGUGUUGGUGGUGGAGUUGGAGGUGGUGUCGGAACUGGUGUUGGUGGUGUUCAUCCUUUCCCUUAAGAUCAAUAUUCAACAAAAGAAUGCAUGCAUGGCUUCUUUGUUUCUCAUAUGUUAUUAUUCUUGUACUCGUAUUUUUAUUGCGUAACGUAUUGUUAAUGUUUAUCGUUGAAGCUUUCUAUCUAGUGUUUAUGGUC